AUGGUGGAGCCGCCGGCCGAGCCUCCCCCGCAGCCCUGCCCGGCGCCCGGGGGGGCGGCGGGGGGAGAGCCGGCCCGUCCUGGAGAGCAGUCGCCGCUGCUGCACCUGGACCUGUACAACUUCGACUGCGCGGCGGCGGAGGGCAGCCGGUACGUGCUGACCAGCCCGCGGUCGCUGGAGGCCUGCGCCCGCUGCGCCGUGCGGCCCGUGGAGCUGCUGCCGCGGGCGCUCGGGGACCUGCUGAGAGAGGCGCCCGGGCGCUCCAUGCGGGUGGCCGCCGGCCUCUACGAGGCCUACGAGCGGGAGCGCCGCCGCAAGCUGCAGCAGUGCCGGGAGGAGCGGGAGAGGAUUAUCCGGGAGGAGAAGAGGCGGAUCCUCGGGCCCCUCGGCAGCCUGCCGCCUUCGCCCGCCGCCCGCGUCUCCUCCCGGGCUGCGGUCGCAGCUGCCGGUGGGCCCCGGACCCAUGGCGGGGGGAAGGCCAGGGCAUCGAGGGGUGCCAAGGGCAAGAGCCACUCCCUGGACUCCUUGCAGAAGCGCCGCGAGGGUAGCUGGGGCAAGACCUCCUCUGAGUCGGGCGCUUCGUCGUCCUACAGCGGGGAGAGCCUGCGGGAGCGCGGGGGCAAGGUGUGCGGCCGGGGUCGGGGGGUAGCCGCCUCCAAUGGGACUCUGCUGGGGCGCAGCUUCAGCCUGGGCGACCUCAGCCACUCGCCACAGACUGCCCAGAGAGUCGAGAGGAUCGUCAGGGAGGUGAAGAGGAAGAAGGGUCUUUCAGAGGUGCCAGAGAGGGACAAGAAGAUCGCGGCACUGAUGAUCGCCAAGCACCAGGAGGCCAACCUCCUGCGGGAGCAGCGGCAGGCGGCUCACCUGCAGUGGGACAGCCAGCGGCGCCUGGCUGAGCAGCGGAAGGAGCAGGAGGAGAAGGAGAAGCAAAGGGCCCUCCUGCAGGGUCAGCGGAUGUGGGAGAGCCAGGUGGAGAAGCGGCGAGGGAGACUGAACCAGGAGCAGGAGGAAGCUGCCCUGAUGAAGCAGAAGCAGCUCCUGGUAUGCGAGGAGAGGUGGCGGGAGCAAGCGGAGAAGCAGGAGCGGCUGCGGAGGGAGAGGCUGGAGAGGGCCAUCAAGGAGGACAAGCAGAAAAAACUCCAUCAAGAGCUCAACUUGAAGGCAAAGGAAGAGGUCAAGAAGGAGCACCAGGAGCGAGAGGAGCAGCUUCUGCAAGAGAAGCUGUCCACAGCUGCACAGAAGAGGCUGAAAAAGGAGGUGCAGCUGCAGAAGGAAAAGAGACUGUUCAACCAAGCAGAGAAGCUGAAGCAUGAGGCCUUGCUCAAGGAACUGGCCAAGCAGGAGGCAGAAGAGAAGGAAAUGCUGAAGGCAUCCCUGAAGAUGAGUUUGACAAAGGCUCAGGAGAACUACGAGCAGCUUGUGGAGAAGAGGAACCAGGAGCUGAGGGAGAAGGCCAGGCGUGAGGACAUGCAGAUCCAGAGAGCUAAACUGGCAGCAGAGAAGAAGGAGAGAGAGCAGAAGGAGCACUUGGAAGCACUGGCUAGAGAGACAGAGAGAAAGCUCCAGCAUGCUGCCCAGGUGGCUGAAGAGGCUGUCCAAGAAAAAGCCCGCAAAGUGGUCUUGAGCCGUCUGGAAAAGGAAAAAGUGCAGAAGAUGAACAAGCAAAAGGUGGAACAGUAUGAGGACUUACGGCGCAGGGAAAUUCUCCUCUCUAUAGAGAGGAAGCUGGAGAGAAGUGAGCAGAUCUUCAAGGAGAAGAAGACUGUCUUAGAAAAUGCCAGGUCUGUUGCUCGAGCAUCCUUCCAUGUCCGGGAGAAGGUGCGGGAGGAGACGAACAUGCGCACCUUUGACAAGAUGGCCUUCGAAGCAGAACUGCAUGCUCAACUUAGUAAGAAGUGAAAGAUCUUGUCAUGGGUGAGUGAGGAUGCACCACUGGUUGUCCAUCAUAAUGUGACAGAAAGCUCCUCGGCAUGAGCAUUUAAAAAACAACAAAAACCAACAUCCACCCUAAUUUCGUGUUUUGGGGGAGCAGGGUACCGCACAAAAAUGUGGCAGCUAUUUCACAUACUGUUUUAAAAACAUUUCUCAUUCUGGGUGUGUUUUAGAGACUGACCUCAGUCAUCUUUACAGAGAGGAAGCAAGUUUUUCUGUCCUCCACCCCACAAGCACAUGCAUUUUUUUCAGAGAGGGCUGCAAAAUCUGCUUGAAGCCUCUGAGUUAUUGAUUGAUUGUUUACACCAGAGAUGACUACAGCUGCGCACUCCAGCGGGAAACGCAAACAGAGAUUGCUGACUACUAGAGCCUGCUGAAUAAGAACCAAAACCACCCCAGCUGAUUCUGCCUACUGUGAUGGGCAGUUUGGUUUAAGUCACGGGACUGCAUUUUCAAAGCUGCUGCAAUCCCAUGCCGAAGGGAGGAAGGCUGGAGUACAGAAUGCCAUAUACUCUGGGUGCCCCUUGGCUGGGGCCAGUACCAAGCUAGGGAAAGCACAGAUCAAGGCCAUGUAAGUGGACAUCAUGAUCAGAGCUGGGCAGAAGCUGUCUGAAAGUGCACGCAAACACAAUUUAUUUUUUGCUGUUACCCCUCCCAAGGUAUCCUCACCUCUCCUCCUCCUUUCCAAGGUUCUCUUACAAACAUCUCUAGAAUUCCUUCUUUUUUUUUGGAGGAGGGAGUAAAGGAGAGAAAUUUGUGGACAGUCCACAAACUGACAAGUACCCACACAAGUCACCUGUUCAUUAAGAUAUGAAAAUGAAUGAACCUGUAGAAUCUGGACUUUUGGAGAAACACAGAGCUCACUUGUAAAUGGAAAUCACCACCCUCUGGAAUUCU